GAAAGCUCAGUGUUUCGAAGAUUUUUAUAAUCGAAGUGGUUUUACUGGUUUGCAAUCGAUAUUUUACUAACACUAGAAAACAAUUUGAGGUUAAAAAGGUAUAAGGUUCACGUGAAGGUGCCGAAAUGCAAGUGUGUAGGAAUAUCACAAAACUGUUUUUGACGCCCCAUUGUGUGUUGAAAUCAGCACCAGUCGCCGGGUUACAGUCUUUCGAACCGUCACCUGUAUUCGACGAUGUCGAGUUUCCGGAACGUAACAAGCUGAGAAUUGCUCCAAAAGUACCUCAAAUGCCGAGUCAAAUACGUCCGUAUAAGAUGCAAAAAAAGUUGAGAUUAAUGCGUGGUCCCGAAGAGUACCAUAAUACUCUUUUGCACAAACAGUAUGGCAUAAUAGCAACAGGUGGUGGCCGAAUGAAAUAUUGUCAUUUCGAGUUGAUCCGUCUUAUGUUGGUAAGGAAUGUCGACUACGAAAAGGUAUUCGCGAUUUGGAGAGUUCCGGAUCCCUGGCAACCAAUUACUAAAAAGAGUGCUGGAUCGCGUAUGGGUCGUGGCAAAGGAUCUAUAGAUCAUUACGUAACUCCAGUAAAAGCGGGACAAGUUAUCGUUGAAGUUGGAGGAAAGAUCGAGUUCUUUGAGGUGAAGAGAGUUCUAGAAAAUCUUGCGAAAAGAAUGCCUUUCGACGCGAUGGCGGUUAGUCAAAGCAAGUUGGAGACAAUGGCAGAGAAUAAAAGAAAAUUACAAGAGGAAAAUCUAAAUCCAUGGACUUGGAAAUAUAUCAUUCAAAACAAUAUGCUCGGUUGCCAUAAAUGGAUCUCGAAAUACGACAGGCGAUGGUUCAACGAAUAUCUUUAA